AUGUCCGAUUCAAAGCCCGUUGAGCAAACCCCGGCUUCUGAGCUCGAGAAGCGCGAGGAGGCCGUGGAAAGUGCCGAUAAGCUCGACGAGACUCCCGCUGCCCCGGCGACCGAAAUCGUCAACGCCGAGGAAGCUUCUAAGGAAGAGGAGCCCAAGGCUGCCGAAGCGCCUGUUGCAGCUGAAUCUACCGAGCCUACAGCUGAAGCUACCCAGGAUGCACCCGCCGCUGUGAUUGCCGAACCCGAGGCUGCUAAGCCCGAGGAAAAGAAACCAGAAUACUUGACCAACAUCCCCGGGCUGGGCCAGUUCUUUGAUCAGCUUCCUUCUAUUCUCAGCAAGACUGGUCACAGCGAGAUGUGGGGUGUGCCCCUGAAGGACAGCGAGGAUAUCCCCACCGUCAACGUGCUGAUCAAGUUCCUCCGCGCCAACGAGGGAAACGUGUCUACGGCCGAGGAGCAGCUGCGCAAGGCAUUGGAAUGGCGCAAGCAGACCAACCCUUUGGAACUCAUCCAGUCGGGCAAGUACAGCUCCAGCAAGUUCGGCGGCCUGGGAUACUUGACCACCUACGAGCAGGAUGGUCGUCCGCUUGUGUUUACAUGGAACAUCUAUGGCGCCGUCAAGGACGCCAAUGCCACCUUCUCCGAUUCUGAUGAAUUCGUGAAAUGGCGCGCCGCCCUCAUGGAACUCGCUGUGCAGGACCUCAACAUGAAAGAUGCCACCACUGUCAUCGACUACGAUGGCGAGAAGGACCCCUACCAGAUGAUUCAGGUGCACGAUUACAUGAAUGUCAAAUUCCUUCGCAUGGACCCUGCUGUGCGCAAUGCGACUAAGAAGACAAUUGAGGUUUUCUCCACCGCAUACCCCGAGUUGCUGCGUGAGAAGUUCUUCGUCAACGUCCCCACUAUCAUGGGCUGGAUGUUCUCGGCUAUGAAGCUUUUCUUGAGCCGCAACACCACUCGCAAGUUCCACCCUAUCUCCAACGGUGCCAACUUGGCUCGUGAGUUCCCCGCUUCGAUCGCCGACAAGAUCCCCCAGGUAUACGGUGGAAAGGGCCCGGCUUUGAAGGAUGAGGCACGAUCCGUCCAACUUGUUGAAGAUGAGCAGCCCAAGGAGGAGGUCAAGCCUACCGAGCCUACCGAGCCUGUCGCUGAGUCUGCUGCCCAGCCUGCUGUCGUCGCGGCCCCUGUUGUUGAGGAGCCUGCCAAGGAGGAAGCCAAGGAGACUACUGAGACCACUGAGACUAAGGAGGAGGUCAAGGAGGAGUCAAAGGCGACCACUGAGGCUGAAGCGGCCUCUUAA